GAGGCUAGCCAGGGCGCUUUCAUUGCACGGAGGGGCUUCGGUCUCAGGUCUGAAGAAAAAGAAGAAGAAGAAGAAGAAAGAUGGCAUCAGGCUGCCUGAAAGUCACAAAAUAUUUUCUUUUCCUUUUCAACCUCCUUUUUUUUUUUAUCCUGGGUGCUGUCAUCCUAGGUUUUGGAAUAUGGAUUUUGGUGGACAAAACAAGCUUCAUUUCAGUUCUACAGACCUCAUCAUCAACUACAAAAGUUGGAGCAUACAUUCUUACUGGAGUAGGAGCUCUCACCAUGUUAAUGGGGUUUCUGGGCUGUGUUGGAGCGGUCAAUGAGAUUCGCUGCCUCUUGGGACUGUAUUUUACCUGCCUGUUGCUGAUCCUCAUAGCCCAAAUAGCUGCCGGCCUUCUGAUCUAUUUCCAGAGGAAUGCACUUAAAGCGGAAAUGUCUGGGAUUGUUAGCGAACUUGUCCAGAAUUAUAAUCCUUAUGAUGAAACCAACAGGACCCUUGAAAAUGCUUGGGACUAUGUCCAGUUACAACUGCAUUGCUGUGGUUGGACUGGGCCAGAAACUUGGAAAAAACAACACACUUCUUCAGGAAAAAAACAGACAUUCUUUCCUUGCUCUUGCUUCAAUGACUCCCUUAAUGUGCCAUCCGAAGUGGGUUUCUGCUCCCUGGAUAUUACUGCCAACUCUACAAUAAUGGAUGACUCGCCAAUUAAAAGCAGGGAUGUAUGAAAGGUGUGCAGAAUUGGUUGCAAGAUAACCUUGGCAUCAUCCUUGGAGUGUGCACGGGGGUUGCGGUCAUUGAGUUGCUGGGAAUGGUGCUCUCUAUCUGCCUCUGCAAGAACAUUCACACU